AUGUCGAAAGCUAAAAAAGGUGUUGUAUGGGAAGACCGCGAGGUGCUGUUCGAUCUGCCUUUCGACUAUCUGAAGCUCCGGUCUGGUGAGAAGGUAUUCGACCGUAUAGAGCCGAUAGAAGACACGAAGGGCAACAGCGGCAUGAAGGGAAGGUUGGUGGUCACCAACUUGAGAGUCAUAUGGCAUUCACUGGGAUCACCGCGGAUUAAUUUAUCUAUCGGCCUCAAUUGUUUCAUAUCAACGAACACGAAGAUUGUCAAGUCUGGUCUGAGAGGCACGACGCAGGCGUUGUACGUGCUGGCGGGCUACAGGACGAACAAAUACGAAUUCGUUUUCACUAACUUGUCACCAAACUGCAUACGACACUACACGUCUGUUGUUGGCGUUCACAAAUCGUACGCAGCAUCGAGAAUGUACCGUGAUUUAAAACUAAGAGGAGCGUUCAUACAUAACAAGCAGUUGAGAGUACUGCCACUUGAAAAGAUUUGUCUUAAUGAGCAAGGUAUAUGGAAUCUGUCAAGCGAAUCAGGUAGCUUGGGGACGUUGGUCGUAAGCAACGUGCGUAUUGUGUGGUACGCUGACAUAAACGACGGCUUUAAUAUAUCGAUGCCAUAUAUUACUAUUGAGAGUAUUACGAUAAGAGACUCCAAAUUUGGGGAAGCGUUGGUAAUUAUCAUCAGAGCUACGGCCGGUGGUUACGUGCUGGGUUUCCGAGCUGAUCCUAAAGAGAGGUUGCAUCCUCUACUGACUGAACUGCAAACCUUGCAUCAGGCGUACACUGAAAAACCAUUUUUUGGUGUUGAAAUGAACUGGGGAACUGAGGUCUCAAAACCAACACAUGAUGUCAUAGAAGAGUUCGAAGAAAUCGGCGAACCUCGUGGCGAGAUGGGACCAAGCUUGUACUUAGCUUCACAGCAAGCUCUCAAUAAAGAUGAUACUGAGAUACAGCCAGUUUACAACCCUUAUUUGGGCUUGGCUAUUGAGCCUUUGAAAGACGGUUUCACAUUAAAAAGCUUGUUUGAAGUCCAAACCGCAUCGUAGAUGAGAAGACAUAAGAAAACGAAGUUUCUGCGCAUUUUUCUUAAUUCUUCGUUUACAAAAAAGGUU